CAAAUCCCAAGAACCACCUUUCUGUCGCUCUGUGCAAGUGCCAUGGCAGCAGAUGAAAAGCCAGUUGAAGCAGUUACAAGAUGGCGGCAGCCGUUGGAAGCAGUGAUGAGACGCAUCCUCAAGGACUAUCAAGGUACAGAACCACAAGUUCGAGAUGGGAUGGAGUCUGGCAUGCGGCGUUUGUUUGAAAAGCCCUAUGACGCUGAAAUCAUGGCGAUGAUGGGGUGGAAGCCUUUGUCUUUGGAAGAUGCGCAGCGAAUCAUUUUCUUUCCCCGUAUGUCUGACAUGGAGGUGUAUGUUAAAGCCUUCCAGCUGGAGACCCCGGAAGCGACCAAAAGGAAGGAGCAGCUGAUGAAAUUCAAGCUGCUAUCAGUCUUCUACACAUUGCACAGACAUGACGGUGGCUUGGCUGAACGCUUCAUGCACUUUGGAGGUCUUCUGUCUUUGGUCAGCCUUUUGGGAGAGGAGAAUCACGUCAUCCAGUCCCAAGCCAUCGAGCUUUUGACUGACUUCCUGGAGCCUCAAAUGGCCAUGCAGCCCGCAAGCUCUGGUCGUCAGGCGCACUUGCAGCACCACGUUUUUCUGUGUCUGAGCUCCGGACCGCUUUGGCGGAAUUGUGCGCAGAUCCUCGCAGAGCCUGGCGAGGUCUUUCCCCGCAGCUUUGACAGCAGCAUUCGCCUGCUGGCGGCAGCCAUUGGCUGGCUACGGCCACAAAAUGGCCAGUCAGUGCCGGAGGCCACCGUGCCUCCAGAAGUCCAUGAGGCCUUUCAGGCCUUGCAGCGCUGUGCCGAUGGCGCACGCUUGGGGCCAGAGAUGCGGCAAGUGGCUGGAGAGCUUCUGGAGGAGCUGGCCAAUGUGCCAACCAUUCGUUCCGACCCGCUGUCCGGUGACGCCUUGAAGAAGUGCCAAAAUAGCCUCUUCGAUCCCACCAUGCAGCGCAGAGAGGAUGAGGCACAUGCCUGGCAAACCUUGAAGCUGCUGGGGAGUGAAGCUGUGAAAGCACAACUUUGGUGGCCUGCAGAGGCAAUCUACCGUUUGGCAUUAGAGGAGGGCGGACAAGUGCUUCCAGACGCUGAAGCAUCUGUCUUGAACUCCAAUCGGGCUUUGGUCCUCAUCAAGGCGGGGCACUUCGCGGAGGCCGCUGAGGCUGCACAGGCCGCGCUGGUGCUCAAUGAGCUCAACGCCAAAGCGGCCUUCCGGCGCGCACAGGCGCUUGUGGAGUUAAGCUCUCCGGAGGCCUUUGCUGCUGCCAAAAGGGCGCAGGAGUUGGAGCCCAAGGACAAGAUGGUGCUAGAACUGCUUCAAAAGGCGGAAGCCUUGCCUGGAGUGAAUGAUCUCAACGGCAUGGAUUGACCGACCGAGGUCUUGUCCUCGCUUGGGCGUUUUGAGUAGCUUCCCAUGACUCCGUCAUGACUCCGUCUACAGCUCAAGAAAGCUGUGGAGCUGCCCUUCAUGCCUUUCCGAAAAGCUUCGACCAACAAAGAUUGGGCGGACAAAGUGACAGAGAAAUAAUAAAUAGCUCCCUCUCUCGUCACAGGCUCAGGGAUGCUGAUUCUAUGAAAGCAAUGGGGGCCAACACCUGAAGAAGUGCAGUUAGAGCUGUUUGAUUCCAGCAUAUCUUGUAGCCAGGUGGUGUCCCAAGUAUGUGCAAUCAGCCAACCUCGGCCUGCAGAAAGACCGGAUACCAAAAAGCAAUCGUGCAACAUUCUUCAUGGAAACUCUGGACCAGAGCUGUGCCAUUGCCCCCCCCCCAGCACCAUUCGUU